AUGGGAAAAGCCCGACUCUCCGGCCGAAUCGCGUUGAGUGCCCCAAUCAACUUGGCCGACACGCUGAAAGGCGGCCAGACUUUUCGAUUCCGUAAAAUCGAUGAUCAACCCUCGUUCUGUGGCGUUUACAAGGGCACGUUGCUGGAGUUGACCGAGCCGGGCCCCUCAUCGGAGAUUCUCUAUCAAGUGCACGGCUUCUCGCCGGGACGAUUUGGUGAAUUGAAGGCGUUUCGCAGGUUUGAGAUGCUACAGGCCGAGGUCGAGCGUCUGAUCAAAGAAUAUCUCUGCAUCGACCUGAACGUCGACGAAUUGAAAACGAUCGUCAAUGCGGCUUCAAACAAUGUCGAGCUCCACUCACCGACGGCUUUUCAUGUCAGGGUGCUAGCCCAGGAGCGCUUCGAAACGCUGAUCGCAUUUAUUACUAGCGCCAACAACAACAUUGAAAGGAUUACAAAACUACUCGGGAAAUUGUGCUCAACCUUUGGCGAAGAAAUCUAUCCGCUUGAAUUUGAUGAUAAAGGAAGGUUUCGGUUAUUAGACGAGGGUUGUCCGAUCUUCCGCUCAACGCACGAAAACUUUUCGCACGCCUUCCCGACGGCCCGGAGGAUCUGGAAAUUGGGUGGUGAAUCUCCGGAAAAGCUGUCUACUACGCUGCGAGAGAUGGGAUUUGGCUAUCGUGCUAAAUACAUUGCCAAAACGGUGCAGAUUCUGGCCGAGGACGAAGGGCACCCAUUCUACGCUGAUUACGAUCGAAACAGUUUGGAAGAGUACGAAAAAUGCACGACCAUGCUGCAAACGCUGCAAGGUGUCGGCAAAAAGGUGGCCGACUGCAUCGCGCUGCAGGGCUUUCAGUUUGGCUGUGCUGUGCCGAUUGAUGUCCACAUCCGAAGGAUUAGCAUUAACGAAUUCCGCGUGGCCGGCUUCACCAAGUUGAAGUUGGAUAGGGCCUUGACGGGCACGGAUUAUCGAAUAAUUGCCGACUUCUACCGUACCACCUUUGGCCAUCACGCCGGACUCGUUCAACAAGUGAUGUUCGUCUACUCGUUGCAUAGAAGCAAGGCCUCCACGCACGUCGCUCUUAAGCCCGAGAAAGAGGCCCCGAAACGUAAACUGGCGCCGACGGAUGCGAAGGAUACGCUGAGGAGGCGUACAAGACGGAAC